GAAGACGAAGCCUACGGUGAGUGGUGUGGUCGUGUCCGUGUUAAUGCGACUGCAGUGAAGCGGCCUCUUCCCGCGCUGGAAGAAGGUCUACUGUGCGCGUGUUAGCUAGCUGCGCUAACAGCCCAGCUGUCUGAUGUCGCGUAGCGAGAAAUGAUGCUCGUGUUAGCUGGCAGCAGACUAUCCGGUCACAUGAAUGUCACAGUUUUUGCUACAGUUUGAACGUGUCCAUUUUUGCAGCAGUUUGGUGUGACCUCGUCUUCACACAGUUGUCCCGUGCGAGGUGAGCGGAGACACGUUGCUGUCGCGGACGCAGCGCUGCUCGUGCUCGUGCUCGUGCUGUGAGGCCGCUGGGUGGACAGCUGUGGACAGCUGUGGACAGCGCAGCUGACGGAGUGUGUGCUUCCGGCUCUAACAGGCAGCAGAGACCUCUGAACGCUUCGAGAUGACGACCUCAUGGAGUGACCGUCUGCAGAACUACGGCGACCUGCCGGCCAACAUGGACGGAGUGGCCAUGAAGAAGUAUCGACGUGAAGCUCACCACAGAGUGUUUGUCAACCGUAGCUUGGCCAUGGAGAAGAUCAAGUGUUUUGGUUUUGAUAUGGAUUACACUCUGGCAGUGUAUAAGUCUCCUGAGUAUGAGUCGCUGGGCUUCGACUUGACAGUGGAGCGCCUGGUGUCCAUCGGAUAUCCACAAGAGCUGCUCAACUUUGUCUACGACCCGUCCUUCCCCACCAGAGGUCUGGUGUUUGACACAAUGUAUGGCAACCUGCUCAAAGUGGAUGCCUACGGGAACAUCCUGGUGUGUGUGCACGGAUUCAACUUCUUGAGGGGACCUGACAUCAGAGAGCUGUACCCCAACAAAUUUAUUCAACGUGGAGACACAGACCGCUUCUACAUCCUCAACACACUCUUCAACCUGCCAGAAACUUACCUCUUUGCUUGCCUGGUUGAUUUCUUCAGUAACUGCUCCAGAUAUUCAAGUUGUGAGACUGGUUUCAAAGAAGGCGACCUUUUCAUGUCCUACAAGAGCAUGUUCCAGGACGUCCGAGACGGUGUGGACUGGGUUCAUUUCAAGGGGUCCUUAAAAGAAAAAACGGUUGAAAACCUGGAGAAGUAUGUGGUAAAGGAUCCCAAGCUUCCUCUCCUCCUCAGUCGCAUGAAUGAAGUAGCCAAAGUAUUUCUGGCCACCAACAGUGAUUACAAAUACACAGAGAAAAUUAUGACCUACCUGUUUGACUUUCCUCACGGCCCUAAGCCGGGUACGCCCCACCGGCCCUGGCAGUCCUACUUUGACCUGAUCCUGGUGGACGCCCGUAAGCCCAUGUUCUUUGGAGAGGGCACGGUGCUGCGGCAGGUCGACACUACCACAGGUCGGCUGAAGAUCGGCACGUACACUGGACCUCUCCAGCAUGGUAUUGUUUACUCUGGAGGUUCUUCAGACAUGGUGUGUGACUUGCUGGGUGCUAAAGGAAAGGACAUCAUCUACAUUGGAGACCACAUUUUCGGUGACAUUCUCAAAUCCAAGAAGCGUCAGGGCUGGAGGACUUUCCUGGUGAUACCUGAGCUGGCCCAGGAGUUGCAUGUCUGGACUGACAAGAGCUCCAUAUUUGAGGAACUUCAGUCUCUGGACUGCUUCCUCGCAGAGCUUUACAAGCAUCUGGACAGCAGCAGCAAUGAGAGGCCUGACAUCAGCUCACUGCAGAGACGGAUUAAGAAAGUGACCCAUGACAUGGACAUGUGCUACGGCAUGAUGGGAAGUCUGUUUCGCAGCGGAUCCCGACAGACACUGUUUGCCUCCCAAGUGAUGCGCUACGCUGACCUGUACGCCGCCUCCUUCAUCAACCUGCUCUACUACCCCUUCAGCUAUCUGUUCAGAGCGGCACACGUCCUGAUGCCCCAUGAGUCGACGGUGGAGCACACCCACGUCAGCAUCAUCGACACGGAGUCGCCGCUGGCCACACGAAACCGCCACGACGUCGACCUCAAGGAGAUGGAGUGCAAACGGCACCAGCUGACCCGAUCCAUCAGCGAGAUCCAGCCCCCCCACUUCUUCCCUCAGGCUCCACAGGAGAUCACCCACUGCCACGACGAGGAUGAUGACGAGGAGGAGGAGUAGAUGGAGGAAGAAGAGCAGAGGGGUCUGCCGAUGAGCCUUGCUCUCACAUCCAGUACAUCCUCUUUUCAUGUUUUAGUUGAUCUUUUCUUUGAUUAAUAACUUCAGGGCUGUAACAGCUGAGUCUCUUUUUACACUGAGAAGAACAGGUACACUCUACCACUCUUGGACCUGGUCUUGUAUGUGAUAUUGACUGUACAUCCAAGUGGUCUUGCUACAUCCCUGGUAACUGUACCUGUCCACAGGUCAAAGAGAAUUCUAAAGUGAGUUUAGAUUCAUGUCUGUGUGCAGUAUAAGAUUCACAGGGAAGUGAAGAUGUGGCUACAAAGUGAAGAGAAGAACUGCCUUACUCUGGAGUGGCAGCUGUUCGUUGUUGGGUCCGUUUGGAUGGGGAUCAUUCGGGUUAUCAGGAGCCAGAGUCCAGUAUGCAUUUAUUCAUUUGUACUGUAAACAGUUCACUGCCAUGCUUCUUACUCCUGCACCAUACGUCUCAAUUGAAGUCGUGCAUAACACUGAGGUGAAGGUUAACCUAGCUUAAAGGAACAAUCCACCCUAAAACUGUUGAGGCAGCCGCAUUAGUCACAUUCUUUGCAGUUUUGGGACCAUAUUGUUUUUGAGGUGUCAUUUGUUUCCACUUCCAAAGAAUACUGGCCAAAUGUAGAGAUGGGAUAUUUGGAGGUAUUUCAGCACAGUUGGCAUUCAAGCUAGUUAUACAUUUGAGCUACAGUAAAUGGCUGGUGGUGUGAGAUGCGUGUUUCUUCACCUACAGUAGCAUCAACAGGGCAGAAUGCAGUGCAGCAUCAAGGCAAGGUGUUCGGAUCACCUGUGUUGUCAUCGACUUUACUCACUGUUGCAAAGCAACAAGCUUUCAUCCCUUCUUUUGGGUGUGAUUCUGGGAAAUGUAGGAACUAAAUAACAGCACAUCUGAGGGUGGAUUUCUACUGGAAGAAAAUUGAACUGUAGUUGGUGUAUUGAACACAGUCAUAAGACAUUUCAGUCCAGAAGCAGAGCGUUUGUAAUGCCUGCUGUGGUCAACAGGAAAUGGCUUACACCAUAUCACAUGCUAACAGCUCAUGAUAGCAGCUUAGAGAAACUUCACCUGCUUGUUUACCCAGUAAUUCCCCUCACUGUGUUGUAAAAUAGGACCAGUUCCCAUAUCCCACAGCAUCAAAAUGACUCCGGGCCCAAGGUUUUCACCCUGAGAUCCUCGCUGUUAUAUAGUCUGGCUGCAUUAUGUGUUUUUUAAAUGAUAUUACACCCUGCACAAUGUUCACAAAGGACUGUGAAACGGUUACUGCCUUGGUCAUCGCACUUUGAGUUGAUACAGUGAGUGUGAAUGAGAAUAACUGGUGAAAGUACAUUUUGAACAUGAAUGGUGAAUUGUUUUCGUCUGAAGAAUGACGGGUUAGAGGUGUGGAAGCCCAUUUCAGCCAGCAAAAAACCAAACAAAAUAAUUUUGACAUUUUGGACUAUCUCAUAAGUUUUAAUUUAAAAGUUUGACUAGUAUCUCCUAAUUUCUAUUUAUAAUUGUGGUAACACUUUUUAUGAAGACCUCAUCUAUAGUGCGUUAUGGGGGCAUUCAUGGUGAAUUCUAACGCAUUCAUAAUACUUUAUGGUGCACUACAUCACCAGUCAUAAAACAUAGAUAUGACUUAUAAUGAAUUAUAAGUUGAAGUGUCUCAUGGAUGCUUUUGUUUUGCCUACUAUCUAAAGUUGUCAUACUGUCUUAUCAUUUUGAUUUACCAUGAGUGUUAGUAUUUUUGUCAUUUGGAAGGCUUGGUGUGUGUAAUGGUCUUCUAUAGUGAACGUGCUGUUACCUGCCUGUAGUUUAAACCUGACUGGACUGUCACCAGUUGUGUGUGCUGUAAACAUGCAAGAAGUGGACAGUGCUGGGCCUGUUUCUGUAUGCACUGCCACCACAGAUACUGUCAACAUGACGAUGCAAUAGUGUAUUUUAGUAUAUUUUAGUGCUGAUACGGUUAUUUUUCUUAGAUUAUUAUCAUGUUUUUAUGUUACUGCCUUGAUUUUAAAGGACCUGUGAUUUAACAGGAGGACCUGUUUGCCAAAAAAAGUCAGAUCUGAUGAAGUGAUCACACAGUAUUGAUCCUUAGAUUAGGAUGAAAAGCUCUGAUUCGCAGUAGGCCAAUCCAGCCUUUUUUCACUGAAUGUGUGAUUCUGCCAUUUUGUGUGUUAUAGCCUCACACAAGACGUUACUGAUUAAAUUUGCUGACGCUGCCUCAUCCUGUUUGGACUGAAGAGACAUAUUUUUACUUCCCUCGCUGUGGGUCAAAGCUUGUUUAAAUGUCCUGCUGUGAGAUCAGUGCUCAACUGGACAGUGUGACCUUUUUCAGCCCUGUUGCAUCUUGGGAUAUUAUCUUAUUAUUACUUAAGUAUGGGAGCAAUAGUAAAAUGUGUUACUCUGCUGCAGUUGAAACACAACGGUUUCAGAGUGGGCCAUGUUUCAGUCUGGAUGCCCCCAAAGUAAACCGUACGAAUGAUUAAAAUGUUUCACACAUUCAUAUUCAAGUCAUUUCAGAGCUGUCGAGCAUGCCUGUUUUAAUGACGAUUGCCAUCAGCUUUGAAAGCUAUCUUAGACUUUGAUAAUCAGACAUACUCAAGUGUACAGUGAACCAAAUGAAUGUUUAUUUUUAUCAGCAAUAGUUAAUGCAUGUGUUGAAGUUGCCUUUUUUGCUGUUUUAUUUGAAAUGUUGCCUGUUUGGAAGAAUGUUGAAAAGCAACAACACUGCAUUUGACAUGGUUUGAGUCAUGACUGAUGUUUGUAAUAAAUUUUCUGAUCUGA